AGUAGAAGUGCGUGUGCGCUCCGACGGUGACCGUGACAGCAGCGGUGACCGAGCAAAGGGAAGGCGGCGGCGGCGGCGGCGACGCCGCCCGUGGCUGGUUUGCGGUUAAAGGCGGGGUCGGCCGCCUGGAGCAGCCCCGGGCAGUAGUCAGAAUUGUUUGGAUUCAACACUGCGAUUCCAACCAUGGGCUUGUCAGCAUCUACCCCAGCUGUCGCAGUUCAGACCUCAAAGGCUUCAGAUCAUCAGACAGCAUCCCCGCCCUCAGGAUGUCCAAUGCAUGAAGGGAAGAUGAAAGGUUGUCCAGUGAGUGCAGAGCCAUCGGGUCCAGCCCGUGAGAGCACAGCAAACUCUGUCCCUGCCCACCAGGAUCGCGCGUACGAGUAUGUACAGUGUCCUAUUACAGGCGCUGUGCUUGACAAUAAGGACAACCUAGAUCCUUCUAAUCUGAUGCCACCACCUAACCAGAGGCCGGCCCCUGAUCAGCCUUUUGCACUGUCUACUAUGAGAGAGGAGUCAUCCAUUCCGAGAGCAGAUUCAGAGAAAAAGUGGGUGUAUCCUUCCGAGCAGAUGUUCUGGAAUGCGAUGUUAAAGAAAGGGUGGAAGUGGAAGGAUGAAGAUAUUAGUCAGAAGGAUAUGUAUAAUAUCAUUAGGAUUCACAAUCAGAAUAAUGAACAGGCUUGGAAGGAGAUUUUGAAGUGGGAAACCCUUCAUGUUGCGGAGUGUCCUUGUGGUCCGUCAUUGAUCCGGUUUGGAGGUAAAGCAAAAGAAUAUUCCCCAAGGGCAAGAAUUCGUUCCUGGAUGGGGUAUGAGUUGCCUUUCGACAGGCACGACUGGAUCAUCAACCGUUGUGGGAAAGAAGUCAGAUAUGUCAUCGACUACUACGAUGGUGGCGAAGUCAACCAGGACUACCAGUUCACCAUCCUGGACGUGCGUCCUGCCUUUGAUUCGUUUUCAGCAGUGUGGGACAGGAUGAAGGUCACCUGGUGGCGCUGGACUUCAUAACCAGUACUUUGUUAAGAGAUAGGAAAAUAUGAACUAUUUUUUUCCAAGCGGUGCAAUCAACUAUUUUACGCAAACUGAAUAGCAUUCAUCAUGUAAUGGGAAUAUCAAGUGGGUAAUGACACCUUGUAUUUCACUUAGCAAAGGAUGCCAUGCACCAUG